UUUACGUCGCCGGUGGCCCUUUGUGUCACAUCUUCAAUUGCUGAACAGAGGUCCUCCAAUGGCGAAUCUCCAUCUCUGUUCCUCAGUUUUCUUCUUCCUCAUCCUCUGUUUUGUUCCUGUAAUUUUCUCUCGAUCGCUGCAAAAUCAGGAGACCUUCAUUGUUCACGUUUCCAAAUCGGAGAAGCCUGCGCUAUUUUCCUCUCAUCAUCAUUGGCACUCCUCCAUUCUAGAUUCACUCUCUCCUUCUCCUCAUCCGACGAAGCUUCUUUACAACUACGAACUUGCCGCUAAUGGUUUCUCUGCACGCAUCACGGCUGCUCAGGCAGCGGAACUGCGUCGGAUUCCCGGAGUUAUUUCGGUGAUUCCUGAUCGAGUCCGUCAGCUUCAUACGACUAGGACGCCUCAUUUCUUAGGUUUGGCGGAUAGCCAAGGGCUCUGGGCGGAGACUAAUUAUGCUGAUGAUGUGAUUAUUGGCGUUCUAGAUACUGGAAUUUGGCCGGAACGACCGAGUUUCUCCGAUGAGGGACUUUCUCCGGUUCCGGCAACAUGGAAAGGCACCUGUCAGACCGGGGUAGGGUUUUCGGCUUCGGCCUGUAAUCGGAAGAUUAUUGGUGCGAGAGCCUACUUUUCCGGAUACGAGUCUGCUGUACGAAGAUCGCUUCAAGGUUCAUCAGAUUUCAAAUCUGCUAGGGAUACGGACGGCCAUGGGACUCACACUGCCUCUACAGCUGCAGGUUCGUUCGUCAAGAACGCGAGUUUUUUUCAAUACGCUCGUGGAGAAGCUAGAGGCAUGGCGAACAGAGCUCGUAUUGCUGCCUACAAAAUCUGCUGGGAACUUGGUUGUUACGAUUCUGACAUCCUCGCCGCUAUGGAUCAGGCGAUUGCUGAUGGAGUCCACAUCAUCUCUCUCUCAGUCGGAUCCUCCGGUCGGCCCCCUGCGUACUAUCGAGAUUCUAUCGCAAUCGGAGCAUUCGGCGCGAUGCAGCACGGCGUUGUCGUCUCUUGCUCCGCUGGAAACUCUGGUCCCGGUCCCUAUACGGCUGUGAACAUCGCUCCAUGGAUCAUCACCGUCGGUGCCUCCACAAUCGACAGAGAAUUUCUCGCCGAUGUGAUUCUCGGAGACGGUAGGGUUUUCAGCGGCGUAUCGCUCUAUUCCGGCGAUCCUCUUGGUGAUUCCAAGCUUCCGUUGGUCUAUGCUGGAGAUUGUGGUAACAGGUAUUGUUAUUCGGGAACUCUCGAUUCGUCGAAAGUCGCCGGGAAGAUCGUCGUGUGUGAUCGGGGAGGGAACGCCAGAGUCGCCAAAGGAAGUACCGUGAAAACCGCCGGUGGUCUUGGUAUGAUACUCGCCAAUACGGAGGAAAACGGCGAAGAGCUCUUAGCAGAUUCACAUCUUAUUCCGGGAACUAUGAUCGGAGAAAUCGCCGGUAACACACUUAAAGACUACAUCCAUUCAGAUCCGAGUCCCACUGCUACAAUCGUGUUUCGCGGAACUGUAAUCGGCGAUUCGCCUCCUGCUCCGAGAGUCGCAGCCUUCUCCAGCCGCGGCCCGAACUUCAGGACGGCGGAGAUUCUGAAACCAGACGUAAUAGCUCCGGGAGUUAACAUUUUGGCCGGCUGGAGUGGCUACAGCAGUCCAACCAGUCUAAGCAUCGAUCCGCGAAGAGUCGAGUUCAAUAUCAUCUCCGGAACUUCAAUGUCUUGCCCUCACGUCAGCGGCGUCGCCGCCUUGCUCCGGAAGGCUUUUCCAACGUGGUCGCCCGCGGCAAUCAAAUCUGCUCUCGUCACCACUUCUUACUCUUUGGACUCUUCCGGCCGCCCAAUCACAGAUCUCUCCACCAGCAAACAAUCAAAUCCGUUCGUUCAUGGUGCCGGCCACAUCGAUCCCAACAAAGCUCUGAAUCCGGGCCUGAUUUAUGAUCUCAAUCCUCAGGACUACGUUUCAUUUCUCUGCUCGAUUGGUUACGAUUCUCGCCAAAUAGCUGUUUUCGUGAAGGAUUCUCCAUACGCCGAACUUUGUAAACACAAAUUGACCAGCCCUGGUAAUCUGAACUACCCAUCCUUCGCCGUCGUGUUCGAUUCCGACGGCGACGAGGUGGUGAAAUACACAAGAACUGUCACAAAUGUCGGAGACGAAGUUGAUGCUGUUUAUGAAGUGAAAGUAGAAUCCCCAGAAGGAGUGGAAAUCACUGUUCUUCCAAACAAGCUGGAGUUCAGCGCAAAGAAUCGGACACAGUCUUAUGAGAUUACAUUCACCAAAAUCAAUGGAAUCAAGAACUCAGCAAGCUUCGGGUCAAUUCAAUGGAGUGAUGGAAGUCACAUUGUUAGGAGUCCAGUAGCUGUCUCGUUCAACAGUGGAUACAUAGCAUCAAUGUAAGGUAUGUUUGUUGAUAUUGAAUAGGAAUUUUAGAAGUAACCUUGGUGUCCGCCAUUGUAGGUGGGUUCCAAAGCUCCUCAUGCUGUUCAUUUAGAUUAUUCUGAAUCGUAUGGAACAGUAUGAAACUUUAUAAUAAUCUUCGAUAUCUGAAACUCAAAGGCAAUGGCAACAUUGAUCUUCAUCC